AUGCACGCAGACACAAAAGCAAGAGAGAGAGUAAAAGAGAAAGAAGAGAGAGAAAGAGAAAGCAGAAGAGAGAGAGAGAGAGAGAAAGAACCGUUGGUUUGAGAUUUUUGGAGACGUUAACGGACUUCAAAUCUGCAAUUCGCCGGAAUUUGUGAACCACGGUUACGUCCGGAGGCUAGGGUUUUCUCAUUUUUUUUUUCGUUCUCGUUCUUCCGAAACUUCUUUGUUGUUUGUAUUUCAAAUUUGUUCUUUUUCGGUUGCACGAAAUUUCGCUAUGUGUUCGCGAGGUUAAAACCAAGAAUUUGUGAUUUCGAAAUUUCGUUGUUGUUGAGAUGUUUACGCCGCAGAGGUUGUGGUCGGGUCGGACCAACACGCCGAACAAGAGUGGGACACGAAUCGGGUCGGGUCCGGGUACGAAUCCCGGUGAUGGAACUGGUUCUAAGGAGAAAGGUGUUGCCUUUGUUGAAAAUGGUGGAAACUUGGAUCGUGAGGUUUUGGUUGAGAGGGUUUCGAACCUCGAGAAAGAGCUUUACGAGUACCAAUUCAAUAUGGGGCUUCUCUUGAUUGAGAAAAAAGAGUGGAACUCUAAGUAUACUGAGCUAAGUCAAGAUGUAGUGGAAGUAAAGGAUUCCCUUGAACGAGAAAAAGCAGCUCAUUUAUUUGCUCUAUCUGAGGCAGAGAAGCGAGAAGAGAAUUUGAGGAAGGCCUUGGAGUGUGUGCUUGAUCUUGAGAAGGCUCUGCGAGAAAUGCGGUCAGAGCAUGCAAAGAUUAAAUUUGCAGCAGACUCAAAGUUAUCUGAAGCAAAUGCUUUAAUAGCUAGCGUUGAAGAGAAAUCUUUAGAAGUAGAAGCCAAGUUACGAUCUGCUGAUGCCAAGCUUGCUGAAAUCAGCAGAAAGAGUUCAGAGAUUGAUAGGAAAUCACGUGACUUGGAGGCUCAGGAAUCUGCGCUUCGAAGGGAACGCUUGUCCUUCAUUGCAGAGCAAGAAGCACACGAGAGUACUUUGUCUAAGCAAAGAGAGGACUUACGAGAAUGGGAGAAGAAACUGCAGGAUGGAGAAGAGAGACUAGCCCAGGGUCAAAGAAUUCUCAACGAAAGAGAGCAAAGGGCUAAUGAGAUUGACAGAAUAUGCAUGCAGAAAGAGAAGGACGUUGAAGAGGCACAGAAGAACAUUGAUGCAGCAAAUGUAACAUUGAGAAACAAAGAAGAUGAUGUGAACAACAGGCUUGCAGCUAUAUCUCUUAAUGAGAAGGAAUGCGAUUCUAUGCGAACGAACUUGGAUCUUAAAGAGAAGGAGUUAUUUGCAUGGGAAGAAAAGCUCAAUGCCAGAGAAAAAGUUGAGAUUCAGAAGCUUGUUGAUGAACACAAUGCUGCUCUUGAUGUGAAGAAGCAAGAGUUUGAAAUGGAAUUGGACGAAAAAAGAAAAUCCUUUGAAGAUGAAUUGAAGACUAAACUGGUAGAAGUGGAAAAGAAAGAAGGUGAAGUCAAUCACAUGGAGGAGAAGGUUGCAAAACGGGAGCAGGCCUUGGAAAAGAAAGCAGAGAAGCUCAAGGAGAAAGAGAAAGAAUAUGAACUGAAAGUCAAAGCUUUGAAGGAAAGGGAGAAGUCUAUUAAGUCUGAGGAGAAAGACUUGGGGAAGGAGAAGGGUAAAAUGGAAAGUGAGAGAGAGGAGUUGCUCAGUCUUAAGACUGAGCUUGAGAAGAUAAAAGCUAACAAUGAAGCAGAGUUGUUGAGAAUUAAUGAAGAGACUAAUCGUCUCCAAGUGACCGAGGAGGAGAGAUCUGAAUAUAUACGUUUGCAGUCACAAUUGAAGAAUGAAAUUGAUCAGUACAGGCUUCAGAAAGAUCUACUGCUGAAGGAAGCUGAUGACUUGAGGCAGCAAAAAGAGACUUUUGAAAGAGAAUGGGAAGAGCUGGAUCAGAAAAGAGCAGACGUGGUGAAAGAGCUAAAAAAUGUGUCUCAACAAAAGGAAGAAGUUUUAAAACUACAACAAUUUGAAGAAGAGAAGUUAAAGAAUGAGAAACAGUCCACAGAAGACUAUCUAAAAAGGGAGUUAGAAACUCUUCAGUCCGCUAAAGAGUCAUUUGCUGCAGAAAUGGAGUUGGAGAAGUCAAGCCUAGCUGAAAAAGCUCAAAAUGAGAAAAACCAAAUGCUUCUGGAUUUUGAGUUGCGGAAAAAAGAACUUGAAGCUGAUGUGCAGAAUCAGUUAGAGCAGAAGGAAAAGGACUUACUUGAAAGGAAGAAGUUAUUUGAGGAGAAGAGAGAGAGUGAAUUAAACAAUAUUAAUUUCUUGAGAGAAGUAGCUAAUAGAGAAAUGGAGGAAAUGAAACAUCAAAGAAGUAAACUAGAGAAGGAGAGACUAGAGGCAGAUGAGAAUAGAAAACAUGUUGAAAGGCAAAGGAAAGAAAUGCAGGAGGACAUAGAUGUACUCGUUGAUCUCAAUAAGAAGUUGAAAAAUCAGCGGGAACAAUUUAUUACGGAGAGACGGCGCUUUAUUGAUGUUGUUGAGAAACUUAGGAGUUGCCAAAACUGUGGGGAAAUGAUUUCUGAAUUUGUGCUGUCUGAUUUACAGUCUUCUGCCGACAUUGAGAAUGUAGAGGUGCCCUCUCUUCCAAAAUUGGAUGGUGGUUUUGAUGCAAAUCUGGCUUCUUCUAGGCAAAAUACUGGAAUAUCCCCUCCAGCCGAUACGAAGUCCCCAGCUCCUGGUGGAACUGUCUCUUGGCUUCGUAAAUGCACCUCUAAGAUUUUCAAGAUCUCCCCCAUUAAAAAGAUGGAAUCUGAAGUUGAUAGUUUUAGAGACGUGGCUCCUUUAUCUAUUGAGAAGGCUAACGUUGAUGAUUCGCCAUCAAAAAUUCUUGGCACUGAAAAUGAACCAGAAUUGUCUUUUGCAAUUGCCAAUGAUUCUUUUGAUGCUCUGAGGGUACAAUCUGGCAAUGAAAUCACAGAGGCUGAAGCUGACCACGAUCCUUCUAUUGACAACCAGGGCAACAUUGACACAAAAGCACCAGAUGAUUUGCAGGCUACUGAUUCAAAGGUUGGGCAGCAGAAACCUCGCAGGGGAGCGGGAAGGCCCAGAGUAAAGCGUACGCAAACUGUGAAAACUGUUAUCAAAGAGGCUGAAGCUAUUCUUGGGGAAUCUAAAGCUGCUGAGGCAGUACCCGGGGAAUCUGUAGAUGAUCGUGAGACUGAUUUUCCAAAUGGAAAUGCUGAGGAUUUUGCCAACAUGGAUUCUGAAAGUCAGAAACCACCCAGCAUAAGACUAACGUCUAAUUUGCGGAAGCGAAACUGGGUUCAAACAUCUCAAAUUGCUGCUAGUGAACAUGAAGGUGAUGCUAGUGAAGGACAUUCUGAUAGUUUAAUACCAGGACAACGCAAAAAGAGGCGACAGAAGGCUGCUGCUCCUGCACAAACUGCUGGUGAAACAAGAUAUAAUUUGAGGCGACACAAAAUUGGAGCAACAACUUCAUCUGCUAGAGGCAUGUCUGGUGGCGGCAGAGAAAGUGAGGGAGAGGUUGGCCGUGUAAAAGGUGCGGGAGUAAAAACCAACUCCAAAACUUCUCGUUCACAUUCGGUUGGCAUUGCUAAUGAGAACGGUGACAGCAUAGAUCUUGAUCAGUCUCAGAAAGUAGUCGAAGCGCAAGAUGAUUAUGGUGAUGCAACAAGGACAUUUGCCAGCAACAUGGCUUUGAGUGAGGAGGUGAAUGGAACAGCGGAUAACGCCGAGGAUCAGGAUGCAGAGUACAGAAGUGAAUCACACGGAGAAGAUGCAGGCCAAGCUGACGACGAUGAUGAGAAUGAGAUUGAUGAAGAUUACCAACAUCCUGGUGAAACUUCAGUGGGGAAGAAGCUGUGGAAAUUCUUUACAACAUAACAGCUUAAGAGAAGCUGUGGAAAUUCUACAACACUAGACCAGCUUUUUGUUUAAAGGAGCAUUGGUUGUGUCUUGACCUCAUCAACUUUAGAGAUGAUGUCAUAAGUUAUCUUUGUAUUAUUUAACAAUUGAAAGUAGAUCUCUAAGUUAUAUAUAUAACCUUGAGAGGUACUUAGGAGAA